GGUGCUGCCGGGCGGAUUUCCAAACACCACCUCUUUUUUUACUUUCUUCCAUGAAAGGCCGCGCUUCCAAAACUGCUCUUACUCAUCUGAUUAUUUUCAAAUUUCAGCCUUCACUCAAGGAACUGCAUUACAUUUGAACUUUGGAUGCUUACAGGAGCUCGUUCAAGUGCGCAAAAAGAAACGUGCCUGCUGCCAUUCAACCGACCGAUGCCCCCCUCUCUGUCUGACUCGCCGUGAAUCAUGUCACGCCGGAAACAGAAGAGACCCCAGCAUCUCGUUAACGCAGAUCCUGGGGGCCCGAGGCUGCUAUCUCACGAAGACCAGCUGAGCUUAAAGUCACCAUCUACAUCUCUGGGCUCAGACGUGACCUCAUCAGGAUCCUCCUCCUCAUCACCCACCUCUCUGCAGGACUGCCAGCCGCCUCUGGCCACUCGCCCAUCCCCUGGAGGGCUCCACGCGCCCUCUUUGCCCAGUGAGAGCUCACCUCCUCCUCAUUGGCCCAGCCACAUUGCUCCCUUCACCACAUCCCUUCCCAACACCCACUCAUCCCUCUCCCCAGACUUUCCUCACCCAUCCUUGUCUUCCCAGACUCACUCACCUCCUCCUCUGGGUCAAACCUCUGGUUCUAACGGCCUGCCCCACCAAGGAAACUCCACCAUGACCUCUCCGCCAAUGGGCAGCUCUGCCACGACUACUACCUCCUCCUCUUCUUCUUCAUCCUCCUCCUCCUCCCAGCAGCCUCACAGAGACAGCUCUAGUCCAAGUCAGCAGCAGCCCUCCACUUCACCAGGAGAGCAGGGACAGAUCCAAGUUCCUCCAACCCUGGCAGUGCUCCUAGAGGAGCUUAGGGUUCUGCAGCAGCGGCAAAUCCACCAGAUGCAGAUAACAGAAGAGAUUUGCAGGCAUGUCCUCCGGCUUGGAGGUGCUUUCUUUGGCCAAGAUAACAAUGCACAGGGUAGUGGGGCAAAUAACAACCAGAAGUCUACAGGAGCAGCAUCUUCCUCUCCAACACACGCUACUGCUGCCACCCCAGUAACUACAGCCUCAUCACUUUUGACUGGACUUCCUGCUUCUCUAUUCCCCCAACCAGCCAUCUCUAAAUCAGGCAUUUCACUUGUUAAUGGCAACAGAGUUGCCUCAUCCUCAGCCUCCCCCUCAAUAUCAUUGUCCUCUUCAUCAGCUAUUUCAUCCACUAUAAGUUCUUCUGUUGCUGCCCUACAUCCUCUUUCCUUGUCCUUGGGGCUGCCACCACGCUACCUCCAUGAGAAAUCAUCCAACACCUCUACAUUUGGUCACAGUAAUGGCAUCAGUUUUCCGACUCCUCCCCUUCCUGCCACCAGCCAUCCACAGGACCUCCAGUCCAGCUCCUCUCUAAGCUCUGCCUCUUCUUCAGUACGCCCUCAGCAUGUCUGCCGAUUCUGUGGGAAAGUACUAAGCAGUGAUUCUUCACUCCAGAUUCAUCUGAGGUCACAUACAGGUGAAAGGCCUUACCAGUGUCCAGUGUGCUUGAGCCGUUUUACAACAAGAGGGAACCUCAAAGCUCAUUUCCUGCGACACAGAGAGCAGAACCCAGAGCUGUCCCUCUCUCUGCUGCCGCCUGCACUGUCAGAGCAAACGCAGAGCGGCUCAGCUCCAGGGGCCAUUCACAGAAGGCGAAAACGACGGGCUGAUGAUGACGAGACAUAUAGUGGAGUGAAAGGAAGUGUACCUGGGAUGACAGAGAGCAUGGCUUUAGGUUUGCUGUCUGGUGCAUCCGCUCGGCCCUCACCUUCCUCACUACCUCUGCCCCCCUCGGUGGACAUGGCUCUUCUGUCCACAGCUCAUUCUUUGCUACAGCUGAACAGAGCCUCAGCCGCAGCUGCUGCUAGUGCAUCUAGCACUGUAUUGCCUUCUUCAUCGCCAUCUUCUGCUUCUUCUUCUAAUCAGUUUAAAGGAGCAAAGCAGCAGCGAUUUGAUGAAAACACCCCCCCUCACUCUGCCCUUCACACAACUUCCCCAUACUCUCAGUUGGCCCAUCUGCCCAAAAUUCUCUUUCCAGGUGGUGCCUCGCCUCACCAUCUUGCACUUCUCCGGUCCCCAGGCCACCCAUCCACUUCCCACCUCACUUCACCUCAUCAGCUACCCUUUCCUUUCCCACCAUUCCCUAAACCAUCCACCUCCUCCCCAUCUUCAUCCUCUCCCACCGCUUCUACCCAGACCUCCGACACAUCCAAGUUGCAGCGACUGGUUCAGAAGCUGGAAAAGCAGCCACAAGGGGGUGCCUCCUCCUCAUCUGCCUCUUCUUCCUCCACGUCCUUACAAAAUCCUACUGAGACCAAUGGAGAUGCCCAUGACCUGACCACCACCUCCAGUGCCUAUCGCAGGGAAAUGUUGGCAGCUCUUGGACUUAGUCCUUGCACCAAUGCUGCAGCAACCAGCCAAGGAGUCUCAGGUUCAAACACUACAACUACCACGACCACCCCAUCACUUCCCACUGCCCAGGCUGCUAAUCAGUGUGGAGUGUGUCUGCGUGUCCUCAGCUGUCCCAGAGCUCUUCGUUUGCACCAGGCCACACAUCUAGGAGAGCGUCCAUUCCCUUGUAAGCUUUGUGGCCGUUCCUUCUCCACGAAGGGCAGCCUUAGGGCCCACUUGGCCACUCAUCGUGGUAGACCACCUAAUGCCCGUGCCAUGAACUCCUGCCCACUGUGCCCUCGAAAGUUUACUAAUGCCUUGGUUCUUCAGCACCACAUUCGCUUGCACUUAGGAGGGCAGAUACCGCCUGAUGAAGAGAUGCCACCUGAAGAUGGUACGGAAAAAGAAAGUGCAGUCUAUCAUGAUGGUGAGGAUGUAUCUUUAAACUCUCCAUCUAAAGCACAGCUCCUUCCCCUGGCCUUAACAACAGGCUCAAAAUCUCCAGUAGAUUCUCUAAACUCAGGGUCCACUUUCAAACAGUCCACAGCUAAUGAUGCAGAUUCUGUGAAAACUGAGGAAUCUGAGGGGUCAACACCCAGUGUUAGUCCACCCCUGACCUCUAAUCCCCCCUCAGCAGGAGCAGAGAACCCCCUGCAUCUGGGAGACAACACCCCAGCUGAUGAAAGCCCCAUGAACGGCUCUAUGUGCGCAAAGGAGGAAACCAAUGUUGAUCUGGGCAGCAGAACCCCCUUCAAAGCCCCGUUUGAUGGCUCUCAUUCAGUUGCAGAUAAAGGAGAAUCAGAAGCUGAUGAUACACCUCUUUCCCUUUGUGUUUCAAAGCCUGUUACAAAAAAAUAUUUGCCAGACAGUGAAGUAAGCAACGAUGAAACCAACUCCACAAAUGAGCCCACAGAUAGUCCCAGUAGUAAUGCAACUCCCCCAGAUGCAAAUGCCAUACCUGCAUUCACUCCUCCUGCCAGCCCCAGAGCUAUUGAAGGAGCGCAGGAGGCUGGACUCUCUGAGUCGAGGGGGAGAGAUGCCACCCAUGGUAAGGGGAACCAUGAAAACACCAUACCCAGAGAGUCUUUAACUGUGUCUGAUCCAGAGCUGGAGAAAGAUUCUGUGGCAGAGAAGCCGUCUGAGAACCCUGAGCCCUCUGGAGCAGCACCUGCACCUUACACUCAGCCUUCUCGCCCAGACAAACCCUACAAUUGCUCACACUGUGGAAAGGCAUAUGCCAGCCGAAGUGGACUUAAGGGACAUAUGAAGACUCACCCUGAAGUGUUGACCAGCACCCACUGCAAGGCUCAAACCAAUGAAAAUGACUCUGUGGAUCAUCCAAGUUCACAUAUAGCCAGUAAGAAGUCUGGAAAGCAGGAUGAAAAGCAAGGAUUGACACCUGAAAAAGCUGACAGCUUAGCUCCUCUCCCAACCAGUGAUGGCUCUGAUGUGGCGACUGAGCCUAUGGAAACUGAUGGCUAGAAAGUUGUUGAAUGGUUUCAUUCAGUUUUUAAAGGAUCCUGACAAGGGAAUGUAUUUUUUAAUAGAAUGAGAUUUGUUUUGAAGAGUCUUUAACUCUAUUUCAUAGUUCAAUUUUGUAUUAGGCUGAUAGUUUCUAGUUUAUAUUGUAGUAUCAUUACAGGAAAUUUGUGGAUGUAGUAUUCCUGCUGUCUAUUUUUGUAUUUCAAAGACCACAGUGAGGCCUUAUCCUACACACUUUACAGCAUAGUCACGAGUAGAAUGAAUUGGUUGUGCUCUUCUGCUUUUUCAGUGCAUACUGUAUGAUGUCAGAUGAGUAAAAACUGAUGUUUUUGUUUUAAUUGAGGAGUGUCCAGAAUUUUACAAAAUGAACUCCAUACCAAAACAGGCCAUAUUCGUAAUGGCCAGUGUUUGUACAUAUGAGCUGCAGUUACAUUUGAUGCCUUUUUAUUCUUACUAUCUUCUUUCCUUUCUUUUUAAAUGAGAUGCUGCUGAAUGCAUGUUUCUGAUGUGCUGAGUUGCACUGUGAACUGUUCUGGGUCCUGUGCUGCUGAUAAACAUCUACUGAAAUAGACCCACCCCAGUAAUGAUUACACCUGUGAUGCUAUUGAUAAUAAUAAUGAUUGUGGUAGAUGAUGGGUACAUUUGUGAGCAGUCCCAUACUAAAAGCUAUAAAACUUUCUACCAGCAUGUGACCUUAUUUGUACUGUUGAUUGUGAAUGUUUUCCUCAUCCUUGUUGGUGCUAUCAGCGCUGUUUAACAUGCAGCAAGAUGAACGCCUGUCCGUUACAGUCCACCCCCCUCACACCCCAUCCCUGCUCUCUGAAAGCACUCGAGAGUGCUCUGCCCCUACACAGUUUGUCUGCACUCGUUGCAUUCCUGCUUUGCUCAGUUUAGUAUUUGUAUGCUUUGCCUUCUCUUUGUAAACCCCUCCUUUUUUGUAGCAAUGACAGAAUGCGUUCCCACGCUUCCCAUGUGAUGUAUAAAA